UGGCAGUGUGUGUCACUGACACAAACGAGCAGUACUUGGAACUCGUAGCACGCACGUAUCUCGUUGUUGUCGCUCGGUAUAGCUUUAAUGUCUACAAAAGAAUUGAGAUACGUCCUCGUUGCGUUAGUGAAAUUGCUUAAGUUGAUGAAAUCAACGCCGCUGAAUUGAAGUGAACACUAAUUCGAUUGUGUUUUCAGUGCAAUUUAUGUGCAAAAAGAUGGUGUGCGCGUGGUGUUAAACAAGAUGAAAAUAAAUCGGAAAGUGUAAAUGAGAGAGAAAGAGAGCACAGAUAUAUAACUAAGUGCGAAUGUUUGUGUGGCUAGCUAAACUGAAUUAUGCUUAAAAUACAAUUUAUAUAAAUUGCCAACAAGCCAAUAUUUAGCAAGCAACAACAACGACAGCGAUUGCAAAACACARAAAUAGCAGCAGCAGCGUUUAAUCAGUUGAACGUAGCCGGAACUGGAAGAGAGCAGAAGACAGCGGCUUCCAAUGGGUCUUCAAUUGAGCAAGCGAACAGCAGACGUUGACAGCAGCAGCAGCAGCAGAAGCAAAAUUCAUAGAAAACCCGUUAGCGAAGCGAAUUCGGAGCAGCACGAAGAAUUGGACGAAAUUGUCGAAGCUGGCGGCACGAAUACAACAACAACAGCGACAACGGCAGCAGCAGCAGCAGCAGCCGCCGACGAGGCGUUAGCUGAGGUGCGACAAAUUAUAAUUAAAAUACAAUUGGCUAAAAUGGAGAAUGGCAAUCAGCAGGAGGAGGCGCUCGUGGUAGUGGGAGGGGGAGAGGGGGAGCGCGAGCAAUUGCCGUUGGCAGAGGGCGCCGCUGCGUCUGCUGCGGACGACGCAGCCAAUGCAAAUGAGCAGCGAAUGGGCGCAGGUGCGAGUCGAACUGCGGGCAGUUCUUCAACGGAAGCACCGAAAAAACCAAGCGAAAGACAAAUUGUGAAUAAUAACAAUUUAGCGGGAAGCACUGCGUCGGUGUCGGCCUCUACGUCAGCGUUGGCGUCGGCGUCGGCGUCGGCGCCGACUUCGGUGAGAAUGUUACAAUUGCACGAUGAUGACGUCGUCGGCAACGACGUCGCCGGCGAAGAAGGCGAAUUGGAAGUGGCAUUAUCGUCGCUGCUACGUCGCAGCAGCGGCGAAGGCGUCGAGUAUUGUGAGGUGCUCGAGCCGCAGCCAGUUAGCGAAAUGCUGUCGAGCGGACAACAACGUGCGCAAGCAGCAGCUAGCACUAGCAGUAGCAGCAGCGGUGGGGGCAACAGCUGCUGUCGCAGUCGCAGCAGCAAAGCCUUCUCAGCGAAUUCAGCUGCUGCAGCAGCCGCAGCCGCAGCCACAUCGAAGCAGCGACGCUGCUGCAAGUGCAAAUGUCGGGAUGCGUUGCGUGGAAUACGCGGCAUACUGGAGUCCAGCUCGAGCAGCGCUCAGGCCAGCAAGGAUAAAAAGGAAGCAGCCGCAGCACCUAGGAAUAAAACGCGCAGCAGCGCCGACAGACGUUCAACGCCGCCGACGCUAAGCAGCAGCAGUGGCAGCGCAGCAGCCGCAGCAGCAGCGGCAUCGCAAUUGCAGCGAAUUCAGCGCAACUCAGUGGCUAUUGCGGAGCCAAGCCAAUUGGCCAUUUGGGCAGCGCCUCCGAAUGGCAUUGGCGACGUCAUCAUACGCAUCAGCUCGCAGCCGAUGCCGCAGUUCGUCGUGGAGCCCGCUGCGCCCAGCCAAAAUAAUCGCAACACGCUGCCCAUGGUCGCCGCCAUGGGUCACAAUAUACGCCUGGUUACCGCAGAGGGAGCAGCGCCUGCUGCUGGGACGGCAGCUCUGCUGCCCCUCGCCAUCGAACAGACCUGCCCGCCCACGGUGAAUGCGUACGGUGCCGGCGUAACGGUGCAUUCGCAGAUAGACUUCAUGCACUGUCUGGUCCCGGAUCUGGAGCGGAUCAUCAACAGCAGCUUCUACUGGGGCAAGAUGGACCGCUACGAGGCGGAGCGCCUGCUCGAGGGCAAGCCGGAGGGCACGUUCCUGUUGCGUGACUCUGCGCAGGAGGAGUUCCUCUUCUCCGUUACAUUCCGCAAGUACGGACGUUCGCUGCAUGCGCGCAUCGAGCAAAGUGGCCACAAAUUUAGCUUCGAUUGCCAUGAUCCUUGCGUGUUUGCUGAUCAAACGGUGACCGGCUUGCUGGAGCACUACAAGGACCCGUCGUGCGUCAUGUUCUUUGAGCCCUGCCUGACCAUGCCGCUGCACCGCCGCCAGACGUUCUCGCUGCAGGAGCUGGCGCGUGCCACCAUCGUCUCGAAUACCACCUACGACGGCAUCAAUCAGCUGGAGCUGCCCGGGCGUCUCAAGAGCUAUCUCAAGGAGUACCACUACAAGCAGAAGCUGCGCGUCAAGCCUUGCGACGCGCACACGCCGGCGCCGUAUUACGCCAACAUAUAGUCCACGGCAGCGCUGGCGGUGGCGCCACCUGUUGUCGAGUUGCCGCCGGCGGGCUUCUCCUACUACGAAGACGUUGACAGCAGCGGCAGCGACGGCGACGACGACGAGGCGGUCAACAUACGGGUCUCCUAUGUGCAGCAUGCCGAGGUGCUGGCGCAGCUGCGACAGCCGCAACAGCAGCAGCAGCGGCAGUUGAUGCGUCUGCCGAAUCGCCUGUUCCAUGCGCUCGCUCGGCUCUCGGCCAGUUUGAACUGUUAUCAGCCCAGCAGGCGCAGCGCCUGAUGCACACGAGCGAUGAGCGAAAUGAGAGAAGCAAAGCCAAACACAGAAUUCGUGACAAUCUCAGUGCAUCGCCAACUCCAAAAGAAAACAAAACUAAAAUAUGCAGAAUCAAAAUAUGAUAUAAAUAGUUAAUGCAAAUAGCCUUUGUAAACUAAACAUAAGUAUUAACUAAACAAACUGAAUGAUCCUCUCCUAUAUAUACAUAGAAUAGGCAUGUCUGGUAUUAUAUAUAUAUCUAUCUAUACAUACGUAUAUAUCCCAAAUAUUGGCGUGCCCGAUCCACAACUCGCUGCGCAUUUGUUUCCCAAAUAAGAAGUAUUUUAGUAAUGCGAAUGCAUUUGUUAAAGUAUUUUAUAUGAUUUUUGUAUAUUUUUAACACUUUUUGUAUAUAUAUGUAUUUUACGAAUAUAUAGCCCCUCCCCUCCCUCACUUAGGCGUAUCUAGAUGUUACAACUCUCAUUAGCCAAAUUGCAAACAAAAAAA